AUGCAAACGUUCUUGUAUCUCUUGGGUGUCUUUGUUGCGGUAUAUGCCUGCGUAACACUCCUCGUACGCCACAAGUCGUUACGGAGGGUUCGAGGUCCACCCCUCCCUUCCUUUUUACUAGGUCAUUUCCAACCUCUCCUCCCGAUUUUCAUAUUUCUCUCAGGUCAUGAAUGGGUCAUUCGCAAUCGAGAAAACAUCGGAGAUUUAGAAAUGGCUUGGUAUCAACAGUAUGGCGGUGCUUAUCGAGUGGGCGGGUGCUUCGGCAUGACGUAUUCUUUCUUUUACUUUGGGAACGAGAAACUGAGUCAAGAUGUACUAAUCAUUUCGGAUCCCAAGGCCUUGCAGUAUGUCUUCCACACUUCUGGAUAUCGCUAUCCAAAAAGUCCGGAAGAAGAUCGUUUCACGGGUAUCAUGUUAGGACCAGGCGUGGGGACAGUCGCAGGCGAAAUUCACCAACGGCAACGUAAGAUCCUCGGUCCCGCCUUCUCGACGUCACAGCUACGCCAAUUUUUGAUCGUGUUCCAAUCCGCCGCAUCGAAAGUCGGUAUUGAGCUCCAGCCCAGAAAUUCGGACCGUCUAAUUGCAAUUAGCUUUGUCCUUGAUAUAUUCGAAUGGACAACCAAAACAUCACUCGAUGUCAUCGGCAAGACUUCUUUUCGGUAUGAAUUCAAUGCCAUGGAUGCCAUGGACAGGCAACAAACGGAACUCGAGUCUGCUCUGCAUAAUAUGCUUGGCGAGUCUCAGAUGUGGCCAUCAUCACUAGAGCUUUUGUACUUGUCGCUUUGGCGUUUGCUUCCGGACUGGGGUCUUUCUUUACUCCAGCGAAUCUCUACCAGAGGAACACGACGACUCGUGCGGUUCAGGACCACAGCCAGAAAAGCUGCCCAACAAUUAUUUGCAAAGCAGAUAUCUGUUCUUGCCGAUAGUGACAUUCCUUCAGAAAAGAAUAUCAUCAACGUCCUUGGCAUGUUACGCUCGCUUUCUCACCUCACCGAAGGACCCAAGAAAAAGAUGACUGAGGAAGAGAUUUACGCGCAGUUUGCGACUUUCAUCAUGGCGGGACACGACACGACUGCCCUGACUACUGCCUGGGUGCUCUAUGAGCUAGCACGUAACCCUCGUGAUCAAGCUGCGAUCCGUGCAGAAAUCCAGCAAGCCAAAGCUAACAAUAGCAGGCCGCUUUCUUCCAAUGCUUAUAAUUCAAUGCCUACGCUCAAUGCUGCCAUCAAGGAAACACUUCGACUACUCCCACUUAAUCACGUCCUCCACCGAAUUUCCGGCAAAGACGAUAUCAUACCGUUGGGCGAACCUAUCACCACCACUGACGGCAGGAUCGUGCACGAGGUACGCGUCUCGAAGGGACAGAUCGUCACUGCUUCCGUGUACACUUACAAUCGCCUCCCGAGCGUCUGGGGCGACGACGCCGAGCAGUGGAAUCCGCAGAGAUUCCUACGCCAGCGAGAGACUGAGCAAGUGUCGCUAGGGGUAUUCUCGAAUUUGAUGAGCUUUAGUGAGCCAUUGUUCGUUUUCCGGAUUACUAUCAUGGAAAUCCAGGCCUUGAUCACAGAGUUGCUGGGUGCCUUUGAAUUUGGUCUUCCGGAGGAGGAUUUCGUUAUGCUGCAGUCCCCUGGACACAGAGCGGUGUUUCCUCUGGUCCAAGGGAGAAUACACGAAGGCGUCCAGAUACCGCUUCGAGUGUCGGUAUUCAAGUCGGAGUAG